CAAGGGUCGAAGGGCCUCGCUGUGCCCGCCCUCUUUCUCCCGCGGCUCCUUCUCCCCGCACUACCGCAGAGGCCUGCUUCUCCCUGGCCUUGGGCUCGCGUCGUUCCUUCUUGCCGCGCUGAGGCGCUUGGUGGAGGCGGCCCCACUCCCGGCGAGGCCCCGGCUGCGGCUCCGCGGUGCAGCCGGGGCCGAGGGAGGAUGCGUCGUCGGCUGGCGCGGCUGGUGCUGCUGUGCCUGGGCUGCGGGCUGUGCUCGCUGCUCUACGCCUUCAGCCAGCUGGCCCUGGAGCAGCAGCAGCAGGAGGAGAAGGAUGGCGCCCGGCGCCAGAGGGCCUUCCCCCUCCGCAGGCAGCCCAGCGGCGCCGCGGCCUGGAGGCGCCCACAGCAGAGGAGGCGGGAGGCGCCCGGAAGGUGUAAGAAUGUGUCUAUGUCUUACUGGAAUUCCUAUUGGAUGCUGCCCUCUGAUGUUUGUGGAAAGAACUGCUUUUGGGAAGCUGCUCUUAGAUAUGAUAUCUCGAAACCUCACCCAUCUGAGACAAUGCAUUUGGCAGUGGUUGCUUGUGGUGAGAGGUUGGAGGAGACUAUUACUAUGUUGAGAUCAGCCAUUAUCUUCAGCAUCAAACCUCUACAGUUCCAUAUUUUUGCAGAGGACCAAUUACAUCAUGACUUCAGAGAAACACUUGAUAAUUUGGCAUAUCAAGAAAAAUUUAAUUAUACUUUAUACCCCAUCUCAUUUCCAACUGAGAAUGCAGCAGAAUGGAAGAAACUGUUCAAGCCUUGUGCUUCUCAAAGGCUUUUUCUCCCACUAAUUCUGAGUGACGUGGACUCUCUACUGUAUGUUGACACAGACAUUUUGUUCUUGAGGCCUGUUGAUGAUAUUUGGUCCUUCCUGAAAAAACUGAAUUCUUCUCAAAUUGCUGCAAUGGCACCUGAACAUGAAGAACCUCGUAUUGGGUGGUAUAAUCGCUUUGCUAGACAUCCGUAUUAUGGCAAGACUGGAAUAAAUUCUGGAGUAAUGUUAAUGAAUAUGACUCGCAUAAGAAGAAAAUAUUUCAAGAAUGAUAUGACAACAGUUCGGUUACGGUGGGAACAAAUUCUCAUGCCACUGCUGAAAAAAUAUAAGUUGAAUAUAACUUGGGGUGAUCAAGAUCUUCUGAACAUUAUGUUUUUUCAUAAUCCAGAAAGCCUUUUUGUUUUUCCUUGUCAAUGGAACUAUCGACCUGACCACUGUAUUUAUGGAAGCAAUUGCCAGCAAGCUGAAAAGGAAGGCAUAUUCAUCCUUCAUGGAAACAGAGGUGUUUACCAUGAUGAUAAGCAACCAGCUUUUCGAGCUGUAUAUGAUGCAAUAAAACAUUAUACAUUUGGUGAUGAUUUGGUGAAUGCCUUGCUGCUGCCUCUCGAACUGGAACUUCAAAAGACCCAGCAUACUUACUGUGGAAGAAUAUACAAAGUGUUCAUAAAGCAGUUAACAAAAAGUAUACAGGACAUUGCUGAUAGAAGAUAUGAAAGAAGGUGAUCAUUUGAGAACCUCUGAACAUGGAUGUAUGCUGGAAAAUAUAUGACACCAGAAGGAUGUUCAUGAAAACAACUGCUUGAAGGAGUUGCUACUUAUAUGACCAGAACCUUCUCCCAGUGAGAAGAUGCUGUUCAUCUUGAAGAAUUCUUUGCAGGAUGAAAUGGUGUAGAUAAUAUUUAAAGUUCUGUUACUACACAUUUUCACUGCUGUGAAUAAGAGUAUUGCUGAGUUUUGUAUUCAGGUUUAUUAUACACAAUUCAGUUUUUUUUGUAAACCUCAAAUGAGUCUGAUAAAAAUGAAGGCCUGUAUACUUCAGAAAUGACUUUCAUACCUAACCUAAAAUUCUACUAAACUGUGAAUGUAGCAAUAAUGGAGUCAGCACUAACCUCACUUUAAAAGUGUGAUGGCAAGUUGUUUACAAAGCUCAGAAAUUAUUCUGUUUUUCAAAGGAAUGUGAUGUGACUGAUGACAAUCUAAAUGUGCCUUUUUUAUCUCCUCUUAAUAAAUAUUUGACAAUCAUGUUUAUAUAGCUAUAAACUGCACAGGAUACAUAGGACUUCCACUCUAAACAGAAAUAUACAGUGAAAAUAAAUCUCUUUUUUUAUCUGUAGUUAAUUGUAUAUUUCUAUAAACAGAAUAGCUGGGACCUAAAGAGCACUUAGACAAGCUGAAAAGCUCAGUAUAGACAUGCUAAUGUGCUUUCUCUUCUCUUUCCAUUCCUCAUUUUGAAAUAUUGCAAGCUUAAUACAGAGUUCAAGUUGAUGGGGGGGGGGCAUAGUCCCUGAACCAUGGGGGGUUGAUGAGAAUUACCAUAUAUACAUAUGUAUAAGUUGACCUCAUGUAUAAUUUGAGUGGAGGUUUUGGGGCCAAAACUAUGGAUUUUAUAUGACCUGUGGAUGAGUCAAGGGUUAUUCCAUAGAGAAGGAAAAGCACCAAUGUCACAUAGAAUCAUAGAAUAAUAGAGUUGGAAGAGACCACAUGGACCAUCUAGUCCAACUCCCUGCCAUGCAGGAAAAGCACAAAGCACCCAUGACAGAUUGCCAUCUAGCCUGUGCUUAAAUGUUUCCAAGGAAGGAGCUUCUACCACACACCGAGGCAGAGAGUUCACCUGUUAAACAGCUCGUACAGUCAGGAAGUUCUUCCUAAUGUUCAGGUGGAAUCUCUUCAUGUAAUUUGAAUCCAUAGCUCCUAGUCCUAGUUUUAAGGGCAACAGAAAACAAGUCUACUCCCUCUUCCUUAUGACAGCAUUUCACAUAUUUUUAUAAGAAUUAAUAUAGAGUGCUAAUUCACCUGUGGAGAUGUCAACUCAGGUUUUUUGGAUUGAUUUUUGACUAAUAUUUCCUAACUUGUACAUGGGUAUAUAGGGUAAUAGCUCAGAAACUUUUAAGCUCAAAGAGCUUGCAUAGGUUUUUUUGGGUCCUGGCCAGUAUUCUAUCUUGGUUGAACCAAAAUUUUACAGCUAGAUUUUUUUCUCAUUUUUUUUUUACUAAUGUAGAAUAUAAUCACUGAUACUUAAAAUGUUGUUUUAAAAUAUAUUUGAGUAAGAUUUUUCUAUGACUUCACUGGUCAUUCUGGAAGGAAAGUUGUGAAAUAUGCUAUAGAGUUUUUUUAAAUGAAGUAUUAUGCUAUUAUGUGGAUCUUAGUAUUUGAAUCCUAGUGCAUUUUUAUUUACCAAAAUCCAUUAAAUCAUAGGUGAAUGCUUUAGAGAUGAUUAUGUUACUUGUUUUAAGUCAAUAGUUGUUUGCUUACCAAAUAGUAUUUGCAUAUUUCGCAACAAAGCUUUAAAAUACUUGGACAGAAACUGGGUUACAAAUGUCUGAUUUUAGUGAGGCCAUGAUGGCCAUUCUAUUCUGUGGUAUUCUGGCUAUAAUUUUUACUUAAAAUUGUAAUUUUUUGCUUUAUUAGUAAUUACUGCAAAGUCUUGUUUUGCCUAAAAUACAGCAAUAAUUAUUGUGUUGUUGAAGGCUUUCAUGGCCGGAAUCACUGGGUUUUCCAGGCUGUUUGGCCACGUUCCAGAAGCAUUUUUUCCUGAUGUUUUGCCCACAUCUAUGGUAGGCAUCCUCAGAGGUUGUGAGGUUUGCAACAUUUACACUGGCCUCAAACAGAGAAGAGUUCUUUCUCCCACCUUGGAUAUUUCACAGAUAUAUAAACCCCACUUGCAAAGUUUCCAACCUACCUCAGAUCUCUGAGGAUGUCUGUCAUAGAUGUGGGUGAAACCUCAGGAGAAAAUGCUUCUAGAACAUGGCCAUACAGCCUGGAAAACUCACAGCAACCCAAUAAAUCACUGUAUGUAUACAUAUAGUGGGAAUAAAGUUUCCUGAGCAUAGAGGGCUUCACAGACUAAUCCAGCUUUCUUGGAGGCUCUAUUUUUCAUUUUAAGGUGACAUGCCAUCACAUCUGCAGCAGCUAUUUAGAGUUGCUGAAAACUUGAGACUCAAAUAGUCUUCAUUUGAUGCAUCCAGAACUUAGAAAGUUGUUCAUUCCUGGAACAGAUGGAGUAUCCCUUAUCCAAAAUACUUGGGACCAAAAGGGUUUUAGAUAUUGGAAGUUUUUAGAUUUUGGAAUACCUGUAUUUGCAUAUAUGUACAUAAUAUCUUGAAAAUGUGACCCAAGUAUGACAUGAAAUCAGUUGUAUGUUCCAUAUACACCUAUACACAUAGCCAGAAGGUAAUUUUAUUCAAUAUUUUAAUAAUGUUGUGCAAGAAAGUAAGUUUGUGUACACUGAACCAUCAAAAAGCAAAGGUGCCACUAUCAAAUCUCUCAUCUGGACAAACGUGGACUGAUUUGGAUUUUGGAAUUCCAAUAACAUAUACUUUACUUGCUUUUAGUACAAAAAUAACUCUUUUCUGUUAAGCAUGUUGAUGUUGGAAAAAUUACAUUAUUUGUUGCACAACCCAUUAGUUUUAUUUUCUGUUAAUUUGGGCGAAGAAAAAAGCCUUCAGGAUGUAUUAGUGAAUGACAUUAAACUUGAAACAUUCAUGUCCAAAUGUCUCUCAAAUGCUGUUUUCAAGUAACAUUUGAAAAUGACUAGAAAUAACAUUUUAACCCAUAAGUAACUUUGUUCCCCUUUUCAGUCAGUAACUCCACUAAUUAUGUUACUCCUUAAACUAGUAAGCAACUUUUUCAGAUGUAUCUUUGUUACAGCCUUGUGACCCAAAGAAAUAGUUCAGUAGAGAUCACUGCUUUAUUUGUAACUUGUUACAAUCAACCUCUGGGCUUAUGUGUACAUAGUGAAAUGCAAAAUUCUCACAAAUAUGCUGUUUGUAAAUUAAGAAGUAAAUUCUGGAAAAAUAAUGCUACAAUUCAAAUUUUACAAUACUUGAACUGAUCACAGUUCCAGUCAUUCCCUGCAAAUAUUCUACUUCUACCCACUUUGCUUUGAUCUGCUUUACUCUUUCUUUCUCAAUUUUCCUAUUAACAUUCAACUUUCUGAACCUAAUGGGUAUCUUCUUUUUCAUACGGCUGUUUGUGGGAAGAUCAUAUGUAAUAUUUCUGAAUCAUGCUUUGGCACUCAGAAUUUCCUUCUACAUGUUUAUAUAUCUCUUUUUUCUUAUUCCUUGAUUCUUUUCUUUUGCUUCCAGCUGACCAUUUUUCACUUCCUCAGUUAAUUGUUGAAUAGCUGAUAAGCAGUUGGUGGAGAUGAACUAUCCAACCCAGGCAUAGUUCUAAAUUUAGCUCACAAAAACUAAGGUGACUUAAUUUCAAUUUUUAUGCAUCCUUCACAAAUAUUGAAAAGGAGAACUCAAAGUACACUCCACUAUUUUCAAAAAAAAUCUUUGUCCAUUUUAAAAAAUGUUUUACUAUGUUAUUCCUAGUGGAUACACUUACAGUAAUACAGUUAGCAUAUUUCGAAUGAUGGUUCAUUGCUCAGUCGAAAAACAUUACUUUAUCGGCUUUUAAAGUCCCAAUAAUACUCCAAAUUCUGACAAAGUAUAUUGCUUUUAAAGUGUUCUGAUAUCUUGCAGCAAAGAAAAAAUGUCUUUGUUUUGAAAAAUUGAUAUAGAUAAUGGUCAGAUUCUUAUGAAAACAUACUGUAUUGUUAACUGAAAUAUAACUUGUACGUUUUGGUUCUGUUAGAAAAAUGAACAAAGUGGGAAGCCUGUUGACUUCCAUGUAAAGUAUUGUUGCAUAUAUGUUUACAUAAACUGUUUUCUAUUGA